CGAGUGUGCAGGGCCCGCGCGCGUCCGGCGCGACCAUCGUGAGAGCUGAAACAGACCGGGAGAAGUUCCCGUACAUGUCUCGACGCAUGUGGAACAACUUCAUCAGGCGGGUGAGGGAGGUGGCGCAGGAGAACACGGGGAUGCUGUUCGUAGCAGCCUCUAUGGCGUUCUAUGCUUCGAUGAAUUUGGCAGUCAAGGAACUGAGCGGCAUCGACCCUCCUGUGAGCACCAUGCAGCUCAUCUGGAUCAGGAUGACUAUAACGUGGCUGUGCUCAGUCUGCUACAUGUACUUUGCCAAGAUCCCCGACCCGUUUCUUGGCCCCAAAGGCGUACGACUGCUGCUGGCGUUCCGCGGCGUCUCCGGAUUUCUUGGUCUGUUUGGAGUAUACUACUCUCUCCAGUAUCUUUCGCUUGCAGACGCCACAGUAUUGACCUUCCUAGCGCCGAUCCUGACGACCUUCACGGGAUCCAUGUUCCUGGGAGAGCGGUUCUCAUGGAAGCAGGUCGCCGCGGGAUUUUGCAGUCUGGUCGGCGUCAUCCUGAUUGCUCGGCCGCCUUUCCUCUUUGGCAGCACAGCUGAGGUCCCAUCUGCGUCUCCAGACCCCGGAGAGGCUGGCUCUGGCCCCGCUCUGAAUGGUGCUAUGACUUCACAAGUGACGGCGUCUCAGCGACUUGGGGCUGUCGGCGUCUCAAUACUCGGCGCCCUGGGCGCGACAGGAGUCUACACAAUUAUUCGUGCCAUCGGUACUCGAGCGCACCCCUUGCACAAUAUUGUCGCAUUCUCCUCGCAAUGCGUCAUCGUGUCGACUAUUGCGAUGCUGGCCAUGCGCACCAAAAUUGUCCUUCCCACAAAGCUCGAGUGGCUCGCUCUAUUUCUGAUGAUUGGAUUCAAUGGAUUUUUUGCGCAGGUACUGAUGACGAUGGGCCUGCAGAGACAAGCAGUUGGUCGGAGUACUAUGGCAGUGUAUAUUCAGGUGGUCUACGCCAUCAUAUUCGACCAAAUAUUCUUUCAUGCUAAACCGCCAUUGUUAUCGAUUCUCGGCACUGCCAUUAUCGUGCUUUCGGCCAUCUAUGUGGCACUGACCAAAGAAGAGACGGCAAAUCGUGACAAGCAGUCACCAGAGGACUUGGCUUUACAAGAAAGCCUUCUCGCAGACCAAAGCGAUGACGCGGAAGAGACUCUUUCUAAGACUCACGAAGUCUCCCAAACUUUUUCUGUCUGACAUCCCAUCUACAGUUGUACAAUUAGACAUGUGAUCCGAGUACAUCGUCCGAGGAUCUGGUCUUACAGGAAGGCCUCCUCGAGCACCAAGAUGUUGGCACAGAGGAAGCUUUCAAGAGUCGCGAAGAUGUUUAGAUGGGGGCGUGUUUCAUGGCAGCUGGUUCAAGCGUCAGAUAAACCCUUGUCCCAAACUUACAUGGCGACCG